UUAGCACAGUAUUAACACGAUGAUCAACGUUCGAACGGGACUAAAAUCCGCAGAAUAAUUAUUUGGAUCGGAUCGAGGUUCGCAGAAAAUGGCCGUCAAAUAUAAAGACAGAUACCUCAAUUACGGCGAUGUGAGACUUCAGAGAAGGAUUUCACUGUCUCUCGGUGAAAUUGUGGACAGGAUGGACAAUGCGACAAGCGAGGACAGAAAAAUUGUACAUUUGCAAAAACUUUUACAAGUUGAUCUAACGGAAAUUCUCUGCGACCAGUUGAAAAAGAAAUUGUUCGUCAUCAUUCAAAAAGAUUUGAAUAACUUAAACAGUGACAUAUUUGAACUCGCGUUUAAUUUACACUUGAAGUUGAUGAAAUCGAGUCCUUCAGAAUAUUCCACAUACUGCUUCAGGAAUGCUGUGCACACAUUGAUUUUGUUAACUGAACUGCAACAAGGCAAACAGAAGAACGCAGAUGACCCUAUUCUUUCCAGGCUUUUAUAUCUCUCAAAAUACGUACUGCAAAUAUUUAAUUUUGUCAUUAAUGAUAGUACAUCUUACUCGGACGAAUGUCUUAUGGAGAUGAAUGACCUCUUCGUUACUUUACUCUGCAAACGGACCAAUGAUGGCAACGGUCUAACACCGUUUGACAUUAUAUCUAACAUUGAUUUCAUGUCAAAUUGGUCAAGGAGAAUUGUACAUUCACAACGGUCUAGAACGAUAUUUUUAAAUUGCCUGAAAGGCCAUCAGGAAUUGAUAAAAUUACUACUAAUAAAUAUAAAAGAUUGGUACCAUUCUCCAAUAAUCCCAAAUAAGGAUACCACACUUCAUAUGUUAGAUGGAGAAAUAAUAAAGUUUUGUAAUUUCAUAUUUUCUUUUUGUACGAUAGUGAACAUUUGCAAAUUUCAAAGCAGCAGUCAGUUGUUGUCAGUGCUGAUAGAUGAUAAGCAUGUAGAUGUAACGUUUGUUUUGAAAAGCAGUUUUGAAUUUUUUAAACAGAGCAAAUAUAUACAUUCAUUACCACAAACAAUGAUUAAUUUCAUGGCUAAAAUGUUGGGUAUGAUUUUUAACAAUUCACUCAAUGUUGACAAAGCUAUGUUGGACAACAUGUUCCAGGACAUCCAUUUAUGGGUCCCUCCGCUGAUUAUUUUGUUAUCGGCAAUUAUUAAAAACGAAACAUCGGCACUAAAUUUCCUACAAGAAUUUGAAAAAGUCCAUAUUAAUUAUUCUAAAACAGAUUCUACCGAUGGCUAUGUAGAUUUGGCCAAAGCACAUGCAAACAGUAUGACUAAAUAUGUAUGCAAGUUAAUAGCCUAUGCCAUGAACAACAUCAUGAAGGAUGAAGACUGGGAUUCAAAUCUGGCAAAAAAUCUAUUAUUCAUCUUUGAAAAUGUGUUCACAAAAAAUCAAUAUUGCCAUAUUUUGGUUCACGAGGAACCGAAACUUGUUCCACACAUUCUUCACUUUUGUCAAAAUCCGAAGCCCAUAUCAGAAAGCAACCAAGAGCAACAAACUAUGAUCCUUGGAUGCCUUCAGAAAGUAUUUGCAGUUAUUCCAUUUUCCCUUCAGUGUCUGCAAAUGCUAAAAGAAGAGACUGCAGUACAAGAAAUGUUGGGCUUUGCUGAUUUUGGAACCGUCAAAUGCAACAAAUCAUGGAGGCUGACAUUUUUUCUGCUUACAACCAUUUUAAAAAAAUCAGAAGUCUACACAGCAGAGAGAAAAGUUUUAAUUAAAAAAUUAUUGUAUUACUUUAUUAAUUUACUUGAAACGGAAACAUUUUCGGCUUGUGAAGGAGAAGAGAAAGAGUUAUUAUGUCUUGUGUUCGCUUUCACUCAUGAUGUUAAUGGUCUAAUGUCUGUUUUGGAGCUGUCAGAUUCUGAAAGUGAAGUUACUGUAACGGACUCAAUUGAGGAGUAUCCACUGAACAUUACUGAAUUCAUAAGUAUUGCAUUAGAGCUUGAAGGAUUGGAAACAUGCUUGCAGCUAACAUCAUUAAAACUCCUGAGAAAUAUGGCAAAUUCCUUGGACUGCUGCCUUUAUCUUCAAAAUCAAUUCAAUUUCAUGGUCAAACUUGAAAAUUCUAAGCAAUUUAUCAACUCUGAUGCCACAAGACAGUCAUUUCCAAUCAUUGACGAAAUCCUUAAAGCAGUAUUCUUCAGUGGUUCUAAAAAUGAUGAUGAAUCUGCAAAUAAAACUUCCAGUAUAACUGACUUGUCUCGGUUUUUUGAACAUUCGUUGGGCCACGAGCUGGAAAAGCUCUGGCUAGAAUAUUUGCCAGAUUUCACUGCUAAUUCAUCAGAUUUAAACCUCCAGAGCUUGCCGUUUGAGGAACUGUUAUUAAACCUUGAUAAAAUUACUAUGCCUUUACAUUCGCAUUCUGAUGUUGAAUUAAACUGGUCGGAUAUUGAUGAUAUUCAGUUAACAUCAGAGGAUAUGUUCGGCAUAGAAUUAACUCUAAGGUAUGGAAAAUUAAAUAGAUUAAUUGACAAUGGUGCAGAAUAUUCUAGCGAUCUCCAAAUAAUAAUUAAAUGUUUAAAAAAAGCAUUUGGACUCAGGCUAGAAGAAUUUAUAGGUUUUAACUGGUUUUCCGCCACAAUUUUCCUACUGAAUGAAGGCAACAUGGAAAGGUGAAAUAGCCUUUUAUUUAUU